AAGCAGCUCACAGACAAGCGGUGCGACUCCUUCCAAUGCUCGAGUCCGCAGCUAACCGCUGAUUCUGUGGCGCUUUUUCCUAACUUUUCUCAUUUGAAACCAAACCAUGGGCUUCGAGUUGGAGCGGUUCAGCGGUGCCGUGGACCCGGACUUGAAGUGCAAUCUCUGCCACAAAGUGCUGGAGGAGCCUCUGACAACGCCGUGCGGCCACGUCUUCUGUGCGGCGUGUGUGUUGCCGUGGGUGGCUCAGCAGCGCAGCUGUCCGGCGCAGUGCCGGCGGCGUGUAUCGGCCCAGGAGCUUCACCACGUGCCGCCACUCAAGAGCCUGGUGCUCAAGCUGGACAUCCGCUGCGAGCAUCACGCACGGGGCUGCCGCCAAGUCGUCAAGCUCCAGCAGCUCGCCGAGCACGCAGAGGCGUGUGACUUCGCCCCGGCGCGCUGCCGCAACGACGGCUGCAGCCAGGUGCUCAACCUCAAGGACUUGCACUUGCAUAUGCGCGACGCCUGUGAGUACCGGCCGGCUGGCGUCUGCGAACAGAGCUGCGGGCUCGGCCUCACGCACCGAGAGCGCUAUCUGGACGGCCACUGCUGCGUGCGCUCGCUCAAGGCGCACAACAGCGCGCUGCAGGCCAAAGUCACCACCUUGGAGAAGGAGUGUAAAAAGCAGGCGAUGCGCGCGAGCAAGCGGGAGAAGUCACUGCUGGCACAACUCUCAUCCGUGCACAACGAGCUGCAAAUGACGGCGCUCCGCUACCAGAAAAAGUUCACCGAGUACAGCGCGCGCAUCGACUCGCUCACCAAGAGCUUUGCGCCGCCUGUUAAGGGUGGCGAGAGCAAAAGUGUCACAGUUGUGCUCCACAGAGAAUCUGGAUCUUUGGGCUUUAAUAUUGUUGGAGGAAGACCAUGUUUGGACAAUGAAGACGGGACUUCAAAUGACGGUAUCUUUGUAUCAAAGAUUGUGGAGCAUGGGCCAGUGGAUAAAGAAGGAGGAAUUCAGAUUCAUGACAGAAUAAUGGAGGUAAAUGGCAAAGACCUGUCCAGUGCUACUCAUGAGCAAGCAGUAGAAGCCUUCCGCACAGCCAAAGAGCCUAUCAUGGUGCAGGUGUUGCGCAGGACGCCGAGGCCCAAACCAGCAGGACCUGAAAGAGACGCACAGCUGAUGGACAUCAGUACACAGACAGACAUCACCUUCCAGCACAUUAUGGCCCUCAGCAAGCUGCCUGCCUCAACACCUCCUGUACUUGAUCAGUACAUGCUGCCUGAAGGACAUUCUCCCGGGCAUGAGUAUUUCGACCCGAAUGAUUACCUAGAGACCAUGCCGCAAGAUAUGGAAAGAGAGGAACUUGAGUAUGAGGAAGUGGAUUUGUACAGGACAAAUAUUCAGGACAAGCUGGGCUUGACUGUGUGCUAUAGGACUGAUGACGAGGAUGAAACUGGGAUAUACGUCAGUGAGAUUGAUCCAAACAGCAUUGCUGCAAGAGAUGGUCGAAUCAGGGAAGGGGACAGAAUCAUCCAGAUCAAUGGCAUAGAGGUGCAGAAUCGGGAGGAGGCGGUGUCUCUGCUCACAAGUGAAGAGAACCGCAAUGUGUGCCUGUUGGUGGCUCGGCCAGAGAUACAGCUCGACGACGGAUGGAUGGAAGAUGACAGAAAUGAUUUCCUGGAUGAUCUGCACAUGGACAUGCUCGAGCAGCAGCAUCAUCAGGCCAUGCAGUUCACUGCCAGCAUGCUCCAACAGAAGAAGCCGGUGGAGGAUGGAGGCUUGAUUGACACAGGAACACUGCUUUCGCAGCAGCAUGAAAAGGACAGUGGCGUGGGCCGCACGGAUGAAAGCACCCGCAAUGAUGAGAGCUCAGAGCAGGAGAACCUCUGCGAUGACCAGACCAGCGCAUCUACCACACUGGGCAGUCACAGACGUCUGGCAUACAGUCAGGACACGCUGGGAAGCAGUGACCUUCCCUUCAGCAAUGAGUCUUUCAUCUCGGCCGACUACACCGAUGCAGAUUUCCUGGGUGACUUCCCAGCUGAUGAGUGUGAGCACUUCAGGGAGCUGUUGGAGCUUAAAUGCCAGGUGAGGAGUGGGGGUGGCUUGGGCAUAAUCUGGCCCAGCUUUGGCAUAGAUGGCGGACAAGGAUUUGGUGGUGCAGGAGAUGACGAUGUGGACAAGGAGCUGGAGCUUCUUAACGCUGAGCUGCGUAACAUCGAACUUGAAUGCCUGAGCAUUGUGCGGGCGCACCGUACACAGCAAUUACGUGACCAGCCAUGGAUGUUGCACAAUAGUGGCUUCCGCAACUACAACACAAGUGUGGAUGCACGUCGCCAUGAGCUGGCUGAUAUCAGUGAGCUGCCAGAGAAGUCAGACAAGGACAGCUCAAGUGCUUACAAUACAGGAGAGAGUUGCCGCAGCACACCACUUACCCUGGAGCUAUCACCGGACAACUCUUUACGCCGAGCCAGUGAAGAGCUUGCAGAAGCCAGUGCAGGAGGUACUGUAACCGGUCCCAAUACCAGAGUUUUAAGGCCCCUGCUUUCACCUGUCCAAGAGGCUUCUGGCUCAAGCAGGAGCCACACUUCUUCUCCCAAAGAGCCUGAUGCUGGCCACCAUUCUGAGGCCAAAGAACGCAAGUCGAGUCGCCUCAGCCAUCCACACUCACCCUACAAACAUGCCCAUAUCCCAGCACACGCACAGCAUUAUCAAAGUUACAUGCAGUUGAUUCAGCAAAAGUCAGCUGUAGAGUAUGCACAGAGCCAGAUGAGUCUUGCCAGCAUGUGCCGGGAUCCAGUAUCGGCCGAGCCCAAAGCAGAGUGGAAGGUGAAGAUCCGCAGUGAUGGUACUCGGUACAUCACCAAGAGGCCAGCACGUGAUCGCCUGUUGAAGGAGCGUGCCCUGCGCAUCCGAGAGGAACGCAGUGGAGGCAUGACCACGGACGAUGACGCAGCCAGUGAACUGAAGAUGGGCCGCUACUGGAGCAAGGAGGAGCGUAAGCAACACGCCGUACGUGCCAAAGAACAACGUCAGCGGCGUGAGUUCAUGAAGCAGAGUCGCACAGACUGGCUGAAGGAGCAGAGUGGGAGUGGCACUGAUGACAAAAAAGAGGUCAACAUCAUUGAACUAAGUCACAAAAAAAUGAUGAAGAAACGCAACAAGAAGAUCUUCGAUAACUGGAUGACCAUCCAGGAACUGCUUACGCAUGGUGCAAGGUCUCCAGAUGGGACGCGAGUGUACAACUCGCUGCUGUCGGUGACCACAGUGUGAACUGGUGCUCUAGCUGUUGUACAUAGGACACUACCGAUAGGAGUAAAGUAUCCUGCCUCGUUCAAUGUGGCAAUGUUUUGUAAAUAAGGAAGUAGUCUCUUUGUUUGAAGGGGUUUUGUGAUCAGCAGUUAAGAGAAGGUAUGAUGAGAGUUUCAGAGAAUGGACUAUUAGGAGAGAAAAAUGACACAAAUGAUUUUGCAUAAUACUUUUUAUGUCACGCUUGCUUUUUGAGUAAUUAUAAAGGAACUGCUUCUUAACAUUUGGGCCUUUCUGAAAGGUUUCUGAAAAUAGUUUAAAGACCACAUCAUAAAACAACCAACGGCAGCAUUUUUUAUCAGUAUUUUACUUAUGAUGCAUACAUUUUGCUUAUUUAACGUAAUACAAUGUAUUUAGCUUCAUGGCCAACACAAUACCUUGGGAGGACAUUGUUACAGUUUUUUUUUCCCGACAACAUUACAACAACAUUAUUUAAAGGUGCUAUUUAAAAUUGCAUUAUAAACAGUUUGUUACAUUGUGUUACAGUUGUUAAAUAGGUCAAGAUAACUUAAGGUGCGUACCUCCUGAGAGCAAGUUCUCCUUAUGUUAAUUUGAUAAACUGUAAAUCAGUUUGCAUUGUAAAGGUACAUUGUGUGGGGUUUUUUUUUUUCUUUGAACAACAUAAUGAAGUCCUAGUCACUAAUCUGCUGAAAUAAUCAGUUUUAAGUACAGUUCUCAAAAUCUUAGAGAAUUCUUGAGACACAGACGCAGUAUUGCAAAAACACCUUUCAAAGUUUUAAUCACUUUGUGUGCAUCAUUGUGCAUUUAAUAUGAUUUAUAUUGUAUAUAUCUAGCAUACCAUAAAGGAUGUAAACAAAUUGGUCUUAAACAAAUUGAGUAUCAGGCUUUGCCCUUUACAAAAUGCUUUAAGGUGUAAAAUAAUUUUUUUUAAAAAAUACGUCUUUUGUAUUGGACUAUGUAUCAAAGCAAAAUAACACAACCUAGCAAAUCCUUAGUUACCAACACAAUUUUAUGUCUUGUAAAA